AUGAAGUAUCAGCUGUUGUCUGUCAAAAUGCCUCAUCAGAAGCCCACCAGGGUAUCAAGUGCUAGACCACAGCCAGUGGAUUCCCCAUCCAACAUGGUGACUGGGAGGCAAAGAGGCCCUGAGGGCAGGAGAAGACAUGUUGACCUGAGACCAGGGAUGGGAGGUCCCCAAGAUCUCAUGGCUGAGUUUUCACAAAAGGCUGUACAGCUUCUGGAAGAAGCCAAGGAGGAGAACCUUCAGCUUGGAAGGGAAGUUGAAGACCUCAAACUCCAGGUCUUCUUUCUCUACCUUGUACUACUUCUCGAGAAACCGGACUCUUUCGUCGAGAACCUCCCGUUCUUUCAAGAGUUGGAAACUGGCUGCAAAACAAAUGUUCAAGUCCUCAAGCUGCAAGCUGAACUCAGCUCUAGGGAUCAACUAGUGGCUUCUUUGCGUACUCAGCUUCUGGAAGAAGCCAAGGAGGAGAACCUUCAGCUUGGAAGGGAAGUUGAAGACCUCAAACUCCAGCUUGUCAACAGAGAAACUGAGCUUGAAGACAUUAGAGAGCAGUUCCAGAAGAAAGAGAUGGAACAUGAUGAAGAGCUCUUUGGCCUGAGAAAGCAGCUCUUGGAGGGCAAGAAAGAAGAGUUGGAAACUGGCUGCAAAACAAAUGUUCAAGUCCUCAAGCUGCAAGCUGAACUCAGCUCUAGGGAUCAACUAGUGGCUUCUUUGCGUACUCAGAAGGCCAAUUCAGGCCUCAUUGCUCAAAUUGAAGACUUGGGUGAACAAUUGAGUCAGGAGCAAAGCAGAAGCCUGCAGCUCCAAGAAAGACUCAGGAUGGUCCCAUCUCUGGAGAGAGGCUCAUCAGAGCUUCAGUCACAAUGCAAAAGUCUAAUGGAAGAAAACAGGUCUCUCAGGGAAGCCAAUGAGCAAUUGGUGUCAGCUGCAUUUGAAAGGGAAGCUGAGCUCACCAGCAAGGAAAGAAAGCUAGCUGAAAAGUUGGCAGACUCUGAGAGACAACUGCACUCUGAACUUGGAGACCUGAGAUACAGCUUUGAACAGGCAUUGAAAGAGAAAACAAGGCUGUUGAGUGACUAUGAAACUGCUGAAAGGAGACUGAGGACUACAGAAGAACAACUCCAGUUUCUGAAAGUGAAUGCAGAAUUGGAGAAAACCAGAACCUUGCUGAUAGUUCAACACAAGCUCAAUGAAGGAUAUGACAAGGAAGUGACUGCAUACAAGCGCAGACUGACAGAUUUGCAAAAAGUGGAGGCCAGUGAAAAGCAGAAACUCAAGUCAGCUAUUUUAGUCAAGGAUAAGAAACUAUCUGAUCUUGAAACCCAGCUGAGAACCCUCUACAUAUCAUCAUCAACCCCUCCAGAGUCUCUCAUAGACCAGCUGGUGGUCAGUAGAGACCAAACUGUACUGUGCCUGCACUUGGAGCGCCUAGACUUGCUCAACACUUUACCAGAUCCUUCAGAAGACUGCUCCAGUAGGAUCCUUGCCAUUGCCUUCCUGAACAAAUGGUUUUUCAGGAUACAACUAGACUCACCAAAUAUGAGCAGUUAUGACUUGCAAACCACUGCUUUUUACAGGAUGUCUGUGGACCCUGGUGUAAGAGAGAAGAUUGAGUCAGAUAGAGCUAUCAAGAUGGAGAUUAGGGAUUUGACAGCAGGCAACAGCAAAUCAAAACUAGUGGCUGAGUGUGACUUGUCUUUGAGGGAUCUGCUGAGAUUCCCAGAUAACCGGCUUCAUGGUACAGCCACCUUAUUCCAAGCUAUGAGACCCUCCUCUGCUACCACAAGAUCCAAGAGGCUGUAUGACCUUGAAGUCAGUCAUGUGCACUAUUGGGUGCGCUGGGUGACAGGUGCAAACAAGACAGCUUUAUUCUCUGAACCCAAGCGCCCAACACCUGCUGCUAGGCAGAAAUUGCGCCAUCCUAUUCAGGAGUCCUCUUAUGAGUCCACUGAUGAUGAGAUUGUGUCAGUGAAACCAAAUUUUGUCAGGUCUGAAGCUGUGAAAGAUGACAAGGACUUUGUUGAGUCUCAGCAAAGGAAAGCCAGUGUUGAGUCCUCUCUGCCUGAGUCAGAUAUUGAUGAGCAGCACUUGAGCUCUUUGCCAGAUUCCAGGAUUGAACAAGUUCAGGAAGACAUGAGGACACCUGCUACCAUGACUUUCAUUGUGCACCACCUGAACCUGAGCUCAAACACGAGCCUAACCACAGACAGAAAGCCUGGUGACAAAAUAUUUGUUGAGUUUGAAUUUCCUUAUGUGGACCAAGAAGAACUCCAGACUCCAGAAGCGCAGCUGAUUUCUACAAUAUCUCCAAUGGAGUACAACUUUACCAAAGUCAUUCCAAUAACUGAAUCACAAAAAGAAGUAAUCAAAUCAGGAAUUGAAAGCAAUAAGGCUUUAGUUAGAUUCACUGUUGUACUUGAACCUGCUGAAGAGGCCCUUGAAUGUGAGGAUGUGGGUGUGGCCUUGGUGGACCUUGGGGUGGCCUUUAGAGAGAAAAAGGAUUUGGUUGAGACUGAUGUGCCUGUUGUGUGUGCUGAGAACCCUGCUGAAACUGUGGGCAGUUUGAGAGUGUCAUACUCAAUGUUUUGA